AAGGUCCUGAAUUGGUCUGUAAUAAGGUAGGGCAACUGUAAGGGGUUGACAGGUAUGCAACCUAUAUAAAGACCACCCGCGUAUAGCCGUAACAGACGUAUACAGUCACACACGGAGACCUGGGACCCAAACCAAACCUCCGCACCUUCGUCCCCGGCUCUACGCAAAUAGGCAAGAGCAGUCUCGAGUUCCGUCUCAAAUUCCAUCUGCGUGUCCACUCCCAGGCUGGCUGCUGUGUGUUUCCCUGGAUGAAUGGCGUGUCCUUUUGGUGGUGGGAAGGGGGGAAAAAACAACACAUGACUGUACAAGGGAAUGCACUCAUGUGAAAGUUAGUAUCGCGCAAGAUAUGGACGGAGAUAGAUAGAGACAGAGAGACAGAGGCAAAUAUUUGUUCGGUAUGACUUCCUUUUGGACUCAUCCGUCCCUCCCUCCAUCAGACCCUCCCUGCAUUCAUCCCUCCCCUGCGCGCCUCCCACCGCCUCCACACCGCGCGCAUUCACCCACUCGCUCCACUCGCUGAACGAGACCAAACUUUGCUCGCUUGGCAAGAAGCGCCUUGGCGAGUUGUUCUGUGUUUUUUUUUGUAAACCGUGGCUCCGCCGCUGUCCGCAAACAGCCACGACGAUGUUGCCGUCGCAGGUCACUCGGUAGCAGAAGUUUGCAGCGUGUUAGACGGGGCGGUGAGAGGUUACAGGUGAAGGGGCGAGAAGAAGAGACAACAGAAGAGACGCAUCCACAGCAACCAAAGCCUUCGGUUUUGUUGUUGUUGUGUACACCUGUAACUCAGCGGCAAUCCGACGCACGACAGCCGCAAGCUAUUGCCAGCGCACUGGGGUGGCGGAACCUGGCCCCGGUGUCGAACCGGAAUGCCGAUGGUUCUCGGGGAUAUGUCGUUGAUGCUGUUGCUGCUGCUGCUGUUCUGCGCCACGGGACGGGAUGCUGCUGCGGGCCCAGCUGAGUUCACCAAUACCUGGGCUGCACAGGUGCGUGGUGGCCCCAAGGCGGCCGUGGAGCUGGCUGAGCGACACGGACUCACUUACCUGGGCCAGAUUUUCGAAGACUACCAUCACUUUCGACACCACGCAGUGGAGAAACGCUCGCUGAGCCGGCACGAGAGUCUGCACACGAGGCUGCGGCAAGACACGGAGGUGAGCUGGGUGGAGCAGCAGGUGGCGAAGGUGAGGCGGAGGAAGGAGGUUGUGACGGAGCCCACGGAUCCUGAAUAUGCAGAGCAGUGGUACCUGGAAAACCAGGAGCACCACGACCUGAACGUGGUGUCGGCGUGGUCGCUCGGCUACACAGGCCGUGGCUCCAUCGUCUCCAUCCUGGAUGACGGCAUCGAGAAAGACCACCCAGACCUCGCGGCCAACUAUGAUCCAGACGCCAGCUUUGACAUCAACGACAAUGACCCCGAUCCUCAGCCUCGCUACACUCCGUACAACGACAACCGGCACGGGACGCGGUGUGCCGGCGAGGUGGCAGCAGUCGCUAACAAUAACGUCUGCGGAGUGGGAAUCGCCUACAAUGCCAAAAUUGGAGGCGUGCGCAUGCUGGACGGGGACGUGACGGACGCGGUGGAGGCCAGCUCGCUGAGCCUACGGCCCCAGCACAUCCACAUCUACAGCGCCAGCUGGGGCCCCGAGGAUGACGGCAAGACAGUGGACGGGCCCGCCAGCCUCGCCCGCGCAGCCUUCCAGAAGGGAGUUGCCGAGGGCCGAGGCGGGCUCGGCUCCAUCUUCGUGUGGGCCUCUGGGAACGGAGGGCGCGAUGAGGACAGCUGCAAUUGCGACGGCUACACCAACAGCGUGUACACGCUGUCGAUCAGCAGCGCCACGCAGUCGGGCAACGUGCCCUGGUACAGCGAGGCCUGCUCGUCCACGCUCGCCACUACCUACAGCAGCGGCAGCCUCGGCCAGAAGCAGAUCGUGACGACGGACCUCCGCAUGCGCUGCACAUCGAGCCACACGGGCACGUCGGCCUCGGCCCCCCUCGCCGCCGGCAUCAUCGCCCUCGUCCUGGAGGCCAACCCCAAGCUGACGUGGAGAGAUAUGCAGCACCUGGUCGUGAGGACCUCCAACCCAGCGUUCCUCUCCGCAAGGGACUGGGUCACCAAUGGCGUUGGCCGCAAAGUGAGCCACUCGUACGGCUAUGGGCUGCUCGAUGCAGGGACCAUGGUUUCGUUGGCCACAAAUUGGACGACGGUGGGACCUCAGAGGAUCUGUUCCAUCGACCUCAGCAGCGAUCACAAGAGCAUCUCGGACCGGCUGGUGGUGAAGCAGGUGGUGGACGCAUGCAGGGGCACGGGGGACCACGUCACCUCGCUGGAGCACGUGCAGGCCAAGAUCUCCCUGACGUUCAACCGGAGGGGAGACCUCACCAUCUACCUCACCAGCCCUGCAGGCACUCGCUCCACCCUGCUGGCCCCCCGGCCCCACGACUUCUCCUCCGAGGGCUUUGAUGGCUGGGCCUUCAUGACCACCCACUCGUGGGACGAGGACCCUGCCGGGGAAUGGACCCUGGAGAUCGACAAGGGAUCGUCCCACAACUACGGGACACUCAUAAAUUUCACCCUGGUGCUGUACGGAACGGCAAGCGGCGGUGACGACAUAGCAGAGACCACCCCGGCACAGACGCCUGGGCCUGCAGCCCAACCCACAGGGACAUCGCCGUCAACCCCCGCCCCCUCGCCCUCGGCCACACCUUCGCCUACACCGAGAGCCGCCUGCCGGCAGUGGGAUGACAAAGAGAAUUGCGUCGCGUGCGACCCUGCGCUGCUGCUGCACCAGGGCGCCUGCGUGUGGGAGUGCCCCGCCGGGUUUUUCGCAGGCGCCGCCUGCCUCCCGUGCCACGCCUCUUGCGCCCAGUGCGGCGGCCACUCCGACAGCGACUGCCUGAGCUGCCCGCCCGGCUCCGAGCUCGUCUUCGGAGAGCAGCGCUGCGCUACCCUGCCGGACGCCGCCACCGACAAGCGGACCGCGAGACCCGCGACUCUUUCACCGAUGACGACGCCGAACGGCACUCCCGCUCUCACCGCCGCGCCGCCGCCGCCGCCGCCGCCGGGUCCCAACAACAACUCGAGGAUCGUGCCCGCUGCGAGCUUCGCGGGUGGCGCCACGCGAGGCGGAGGGAGCGAUGUCACCGGCGCGGCAGAAGCGAAGGUCAAGGGGGGCACGGGCGACGACACGAAGGCGUUCUCGGCGCUGCUCACGGGGCUCGUGGUGUGCGGGGUCAUGGCCGUGCUCUUCUGCGUGGUCUUCGGCGGGCUCCAACUCGCUGCCGCCCUGCGUGGCAAGCGGCCCGCCUACGACGCCGUGAGCCCCCGCGCCGAGGAGGACGAGGAGGAGACGUCCUACUCGCCGCGUCAGGACGAGGCGGAGAGCGAGGACGAAGGUCCCACGGGGGAGACGAAGAAGUUCAUCUCUGCCGAAGCCGGCGUCGGGAGAAUACACCCGAAGUAGUGGAAUGAGCAGUGAACCUGGAAUGAGCCUGGAAAGCCACUGUUUGGUGAUGUUGGGGCAGCUGCCGGGACCACGUCUUCACAUGCCACUGCCUGAGAGAAAUGUACACUGUUGUCAGAGUCGGAGGGUUUCUUGUAAAGUGUGCAACAACUGAAAGGGACCUUUUUUAUGCAUCUAUCUGAAUGUAUGAAUGAUAGUGUCACGUCAUGGUUGACACCAUGUUUUAUUCCUGGUCUUUAUCAUGUUGUGCGGUUUAAUAUUACAAUGGCAAUGCGAAUUGCAAACCUAUGCUCUCUCAUACACGUAUACAUAUGAGGGAUGGUGUGAGGGUUUUGAGAAUUGGAAAUUAUUAUACCGUUAAUUUUAAUUUUUGAGUUU